AUGAAGGUUACUUCUGUCCUUGGCGCCGCACUGGCUACUCAGGGGGCCGCUGCCCACUACUUCUUUGACGUGGUCACCCACAAGGGCUCGACCACGCCCUCUUUCCGCUACAUUCGCGACUUCACCCGGCCCACUCGGUACAACCCCAUCAAGUUCUCUUCGAAUCCGGCCGCCGACAUCCGGGACGGCUCAUACGCCGAUAGACCUGACAUCCGGUGCAAUCAAGGGGCUUUCUCUAAGGCAGGCAACACGCAAGUCUUGACUGUUAAUGCUGGCGACGAGCUCAAGGUGACCUUGGGCGUCGGUGCCACCAUGCAGCAUCCUGGUCCCGGUCUUGUCUACAUGUCCCGCGCGCCAAAUGACAAUGUCAAGGCCUACGACGGCUCUGGUGACUGGUUCAAGAUCAAGCAGGAGGGCGUGUGCAACAGCGGCGGCGACUUUACCACCAAUGCCUGGUGCACCUGGGACCGCAACUACCUGACUGCCGUCAUCCCCAAGGACGUCCCCAGCGGCGAGUACCUCGUCCGUUUCGAGCACAUUGGCGUGCACCGCUCCCACGUCAACCAGCCUGAGCACUACACCUCUUGUGUGCAAGUCAAGGUUCAGGGCGGCGGCAGCGGCACGCCUGGUCCCCUGGUCAAGUUCCCUGGCGCCUACAAGGCCAGCGAUGGCUAUGCCAACUUUUCCGUCUACAACGGCCACAAGAGCUUCCCCUUCCCUGGUCCCGCGGUCUGGUCAGGCGGUAGCUCCGGUGGCGGCGGCGGUGGUGGCAACGGCGGCGGCAACACUGGUGGUGGCGGUGGUAGUGGUGGUGGCGGUGGUGGUGGCAGCUGCGCCGCGCUCUACGGGCAGUGUGGUGGUGAGGGUUGGGCCGGUGCCAAGUGCUGUUCAGCCGGUACUUGCAAGGCAUCGAACCAGUAUUACUCGCAGUGUCUCUAGGAUCUAGGAUUUUACGAGGGGGGUUGAUCGCGUGUAGAUAUUUUCACUUCUUACAGUCAUUACUCUACUGGACUUUUGGCGUGGAAUGUGGGGACAACUUCUUGGCUUCCUGCGGACAUUUGCGCAAGAGAAGGCUACUCGAACAGGGGUUCGUAGGUUGUUAUGAUCAAGUGAGAAGGCCAUCGGCAGUCGAUUCAAGAGUAUAUGCGGUUCAAGUCGUGACCCAUGCAUAGUGUAUUAUAGCACAAAGGUAAUUUCACCCUGGCCUAGCACACUACUAAGAGUCGGCUUCUGUCCUCUGGACAACUAAGUUGGAAACAAAACACAAGUGGUGCUUGCCUAGCCCUCUCGUCGCCUGACCCGCCCUUGUCCUUGGCCCGAUCA